CGGUGGCGUGGAAAGUGCAAUUUCAGAACGACCACAAGGUAUGGCGGCGCUGAGCUUGGAGGAGAAGGCGUGGUGCGACCAGCGCGAGAAGGACCUGCGCGAGUACAGCGCGCUGGGUGCUGCUGGCGGCGCCAUUGUGAGCUCCAGCGUCACGUUUGUGGGCCGCUUCCCGCGCCCGUACCAGAUUGCGACGAUCCUCGGGUCUGCUGUCAUUGGCAGCAUCUCGGGCUACCUCUAUGCAGACAACAAGGCGCUCGAGCGCAUCAACGAUCUCAGUGCGACCUCGGAGCUCCGCAAGCAGUUCCGCAAGCUGCAGCACGCCAAGCAGGCAGGCAAAGAGUAAGACAUCAAUAGACACUGUCGAUGCUACCGUCUACCCACGAUGUCGGUUUGGACGAUA